AUGAAUCCUGCCGCGAUGAGCACCGGGAGCGCUGAAUACUCCGCAGCCGCGAUUCCUGGCUCGUCGGACUCUCCGCCCUACAAUGGCCCGGAGCUCUUGCAUGUCCUGACGGAACUGCCACGUCAGCUCAACCGCAUGCUGUCGUUGAACUCCGGUUUCUCGCCUGCCGCUUCAUCAUCGUCAGCUGUUUGGUCAGUACCAGAGUUCCGGGGCUUCAAGGGCGAUGUUUUCCUGUGGAUCGACAAAAUUAAUUCUCUCGGCACCGUCCAUGCUUGGCCGGACCAUCACAAACGGCUGGUGGCCAUCGACCACCUUCGCGGUGCGGCCAAGACGAAGGCGGAUCUGCGUACAUCACAGCACGCACUGGCGGAACGUGAGAAUGUUUCCAACUUGCCGGGAGACCUCUCUCCAGAAGCCGCCACGGCGAAGAUCAACCUGCCAGUGCAGCACAAGUCUCCUGCUGACCUCAACCGGCUGUAUUUUGCCACGGUGCGUAGCACGGUGAAGCCAGUCUCGGGUGGCCAGAACCACUUCUUCACCAUCGACGAUGAGCUGGUCUACGAGAGCUUCUACGCCGACUUCGGACCUCUCAAUCUUGCCAUGCUGUAUCGUUACUACAUCAAAUUGCAGAAGAAGCUCAAUUCGUAUGCCCUGGCCCAGAAGAAGAUAAUUCACUACACAACCAGCGACGCGAAAGAAGCGGGUCAACGCGGCCUUUUGAUGGGCUCCUAUUCGGUAAUCUUCCUGAAGCGGUCUGCUGAGCAGGCUUACAAGUCCCUGUGUGCAGGCAUCAUCACGCCAUACAUUUCCUUCAGAGAUGCGUCCUUUGGGCCGUGCACAUACAACCUGAGCUUACUCAACUGUCUGCGGGCCGUCGAGAAGGCGGUUCUUCACAAAUUCCUCGACUUCGAGACAUUUGACGUGGAAGAGUACGAGUACUACGAGCGCGUCGAGAAUGGUGACCUCAACUGGAUCGUGCCCAACAAGUUCAUUGCCUUCUGUGGUCCCCAUCCCAAGAGCAAAAUUGAAAACGGCCACCCGUUCCACUCUCCGGAGACGUACUUUCCGUACUUCCGCAAGCACAACGUCAGCACGGUGGUUCGGCUCAACAAGAAGAUAUACGACGCACGCCGCUUUGCCGACCAGGGUUUUGAGCACAAGGACCUGUUCUUUGUAGACGGCUCUACGCCCAGUGACGCCAUCAUGCGGGAAUUUAUCGAAAUCAGCGAGAACACCCCCGGUGCCAUCGCAGUCCACUGCAAGGCCGGCCUUGGCCGCACGGGUACCCUGAUAGCGUGCUACAUCAUGAAGCACUACCGCUUCACGGCAGCCGAGGCCAUCGCCUGGAUUCGUAUCUGCCGGCCGGGCUCCAUCAUCGGACAUCAGCAGCACUGGCUCGAAGAGAAGCAGCAUUACCUGUGGCUACAGGGCGACCUGUACCGGUCGCAGCUUAGCAGCAGCCAGCAGCACGCCAACAACGUCAACAACAACCAGGCUUCCCUGGGCAACACGGGAACCACGACCACGGGCGGCACGCGGCGCUCGCUGUCGCCCCACAACCGCAGCGUGUCCCCGCCGGCCGUGACGAGCAACAACCGGCGGGGGUCGCCCCGGCGUGCCAUGGCGUCCGACACGGAGGGCACGGUCAGCCACAUUCUGGGCCGCUUCCACUUGACCGACAAGAGGACGCAGCAGCAGCAGCAGGUGGACCGAGCCAACAACAACACGAUGGCGGGUGACUCGGAGGAAGACCUUACCCAGGGCGACAAGCUGAUGCGCAUCAAGGCACAGCGGAGACAUCCGCGCUCCCUCACAGCUAGCGCUGCACUCGCUGGUGAGGAGGGCCGCCCGCAGCGGCGAGCGUCUUCUCAGGCCCCUGAAGGGUGGAGGGGUGCGGGGGCACCCCCAUGUCGCCCCCGGGGGGACCCUUCGCACCAUCCGUAG